AUGGCUGUGCAAGACCCAGCCUCAGACUGCCUGCAUGGAAAGAAGCAGCUGCCAGCUUUCACCUGGGAGGUGAGGGCCAACGACCGAAACUACCACAUGCAGUUCAAGAAGAAAUUUGCCUUCUGUCUGACCAAGAAGAAGUAUGCGGGCAAUGCCAUUAAGACAGCCAAGUACAACAUCUUUACCUUCCUGCCGCUGAACCUCUACGAGCAGUUCCACCGAAUGGCCAACGUCUACUUCGUCUUUGUCAUCCUCUUACAGACCUUCCCUGAGAUUGCCACGCUGCCCUGGUACACUCUGCUGUUCCCCCUGAGCUGCCUUCUCACCAUCCGGGGUCUACGAGACCUGAUCGAUGACAUUGGCCGUCAUCAAAGUGACAGAAACAUCAACAGCAGACCAUGUGAAAUCCUGUCUGGGAAGAGCUUCCGCUGGCAGAAAUGGCGCGACAUCUGCGUUGGGGACAUUGUCCGCCUGCGUAAGGAGAGCUUCGUCCCGGCCGACAUGCUCUUGCUGUGCAGCUCGGAGCCCAGCAGCCUGUGCUACGUGGAGACUGCCGACAUCGAUGGGGAAACGAACCUGAAGUUCAGACAAGCCCUUCUGGUCACCCACCAGGAGCUGGUGAGCGAGGAGAGCAUGGCCACCUUUGAUGGGAGAGUGACCUGCGAGGAGCCCAACAGCCGCAUGCACAGCUUCACCGGCACGCUGGAGUGGAGGGGUGAGACCUACUCGCUCAACAGCGAAAGGAUCUUGCUGCGAGGCUGCAAGCUUCGCAACACUGACGUUUGCUACGGCUUGGUUAUCUACGCAGGAUUUGAUUCCAAAAUUAUGAGGAACUGUGGAAAGAUCAAGCGGAAGAAAACCAAGCUGGACCGCAUGAUGGACCGGCUGGUGAUCAUAAUCUUCCUGCUGCUGUUGGUCACGUCGCUGUGCCUCGCCGUUGCCUCUGGGUUCUGGGCCAGGACGUUCCAGGAGAAGCACAGCUACCUCUCUGCUCUCUACAAGCACACGACCCCUGCCCAGCAGGCCUUCUUCAACUUCUGGGGCUUCACGAUCCUCCUGAGCAUCAUCAUACCCAUGUCCAUGUAUAUAACGUUUGAAUUCAUCUAUCUGGUGAACAGCUUUUUUAUCAACUGGGAUCUGGAAAUGUAUUAUGCUGUCAAGGACAUUCCAGCAAAAGCCAGAAGCACCAGCCUCAAUGAUCAGCUUGGCCAGAUCGAAUAUAUCUUCUCGGACAAGACUGGCACCUUGACACAAAACAUUAUGAGCUUCAAGAAAUGCUGUAUCAAUGGGACCAUCUACGGUACAGGCACAGGCCGUGAGAACAAACAGCCACCGGGGUCGGGGUUGACCUGGAACCACCGCGGGGAGAAGAAGAUGGACUGUUGCGAUGCGACGCUGCUGGAAGCCGCCUGGCGGGACAGCGACCCCGUGCUGAGGGAGUUCCUGAGGCUGCUGGCCCUCUGCCACACUGUCAUGGUGGAGGACAAGGGCGACCAGCUGGUUUAUCAGGCAGCUUCACCAGACGAAGAAGCGCUGGUGUUGGCAGCCAGGAACCUGGGGUACGUCUUUCUGUCCCGAACGCAAGACACCAUCACCAUCAGUGAGCUGGGGAAGAAGAGGACGUACAAAGUGCUGGCCAUGCUGGACUUCAACAGCGAUCGCAAGAGGAUGUCUGUCCUGGUGCGAGACCCCCAGGGCACGAUCCGGCUCUACACCAAGGGGGCUGACACCGUCAUCCUGGAGAGACUGCAGAGGCGAGGGCCCAAUGAGACCUUCACCGAGAUGGCACUGGAUCGCUUUGCAGAGGAGACACUGAGGACUUUAUGCCUGGCCAGCAAGGAGGUGAGCGAGGUCGAGUACAGCGAGUGGAGCAGGAGGCACCACGAGGCCAGCGUCCUGCUGCAGGACCGCGCGCAGGAGCUGCACAAGCUGUAUGAGGAGAUGGAGCAGAACCUGCAGCUGCUUGGGGCCACGGCCAUUGAGGACAAGUUGCAAGAUGGAGUCCCUGAGACCAUCCAGCUGCUGAAACUGGGCAACAUUAAAGUGUGGGUACUGACAGGAGACAAACAAGAGACCGCAAUGAACAUUGGGUAUGCGUGCAAGCUGCUCACGGAGGACAUGGAGAUCCUGGAGGAGAAGGAGAUCAGUGGGUACCAGCUCCAUCUCCCUGCAGCUGGCUUUGAGAUGGCAAAGGCCAACUGUAGGUCUCAGUCGAAGGACAAAAUCCUCCACACGGGAGAGGUGCUGAAGGAGAAGAAGGGGCGGCUGUGGUGGCAGCUGGCUUGCUGCAGGGCUACAGACUCACAGGAGCAGGGCAGUCUGGUGGAGAAGGUGUUCGUGGACUUGGCCACCAGCUGCCAGGCGGUGAUCUGCUGCAGAGUGACUCCCAAGCAGAAAGCCCUCAUUGUGCAGCUGGUGAAGAAGCACAAGAAGGCCAUCACGCUGGCCAUCGGGGAUGGGGCCAAUGAUGUCAACAUGAUCAAAACUGCUGACAUCGGGGUGGGCAUCAGCGGGCUGGAGGGCAUGCAAGCCGUGCAGUGCAGUGACUACGCCCUGGCGCAGUUCUCUUACCUCCAGCGCCUCCUGUUCAUCCAUGGCCGCUGGGCAUAUCUGCGCAUCUGCAAGUUCCUCCGCUACUUCUUCUACAAGACCUUUGCUGGCCUCUUGGCCCAGGUCUGGUUCGCUUUCCACAGCGGAUUCACGGCUCAGCCUCUGUAUGAGGGCUGGUUCCUUGCACUCUACAACAUUUUCUACACCACCUACCCCGUGCUGUCCAUGGGCCUUCUGGAGCAGGACGUGAGUGCCAAGAAGAGCCUGGAGUUCCCUGAGCUCUAUGUGAUUGGGCAGCAAGACGAGCUCUUCAACUACCGCGUUUUCGGCGUCACCCUCCUGCACGGGGUCAGCACCUCACUCGCCAGCUUCUACAUCGCGUUCUGGGCCUUCGAGGACAGCGUCGGCAGCAAGGUUGUUGGCGAUUACGAGUCCUUCGCUGUCACGGUGGCCACAUCGGCGUUGCUGUCGGUCCUCAUGGAGAUCAUCCUGGACACCAAGUUCUGGACGGUGCUGUCCUUCCUGGUGGUCACAGCCAGCCUGCUGCUCUUCUGCCUCUUCUCCUUCCUGACCCAAAGCAUCGAUGCCUUCAGGAUAGCCCCUGCUGUCUUCCGCUUCCCAGACGCCAGCUGGAAUGCCCUGACUGACCCCUACGUCCUGCUCGUUGUCCUGCUGUCCCUGGUGGUGAACACCGUCCCCUCGCUCACCGUCCGCUUGUACUGCACCAUCACGGGCAAAAACACCAUCCAGCAAGUCCCCGUCUCCUUGCAGAAGAUCCGCCUGAAGGCCAAGCAGGAGCCGGAGCCCUCAGUGGAGCUGCGUGCCCAUGUCCCUCGCAGCUCCUUCCACCGCCGCUCCAGCUACGCCUUCUCCCACCAGGAGGGCUACGCCGGCCUCAUCACCCGCGGGGACAGCCUGCGCGCCGGGGGCACCCGCAGCGCCGCCCCGCGUCUCCUGCACCCAGAGACGGCCCCGGCUUUGUCCUCCCUCCCCAGCCCCUCGGCGUAG